AUAUAACUACGGCGUUCCAAUGAUUGGACGAAGUAAGCUACGUUUUCCUGCGUCCAGGGAACAAGAGUACGCGGCCCGAGCCCAACGGGCGGCAUUGCGACAGAUAUGAGGAUUCGCCCGGGAUGCGCGGCUGCACUAGCGGUGCUACUGCAGGCCGCUCUUGUGGCGAGCAAGGCUCUGGAUCAAACGCAGCUGCAGCAGCGGCAACUACAACAGCAGCCUCCAUCCGAUAAAGCGGCGCAAAAGCGAUGGGGAGGUGAUUAUGGUACUUCAGCAGAUGGUGACGUCGGGGGCCACUUCGGUGGUGGUGGUGAUGGUGGUCAUUUUGGCGGUGGUGACAUCGGAGGUCAUUCCGGCGGUGGUGACAUCGGAGGUCAUUUCGGUGGCGGUGACAUCGGUGGUCACUUCGGUGGCGGUGACAUCGGUGGUCACUUCGGUGGCGGUGAUGUUGGAGGUCACUUCGGUGGAGGUGACAUUGGUGGCCAUUCGGAUGGGGGUGACAUCGGUGGGCAUUUCAGUGGCCAUUUGGAUGGGGGCGGCGGCGGCGGCGGCGGCGGCGGCGGCGGAUUUGAUGCCCAUCACGACGAUCAUCAUCAUGACGAAGGUUACUGGAAAAAAAAAUUAAUCUGGAAGCCGGGCUGGAAGAAGAUCUGGAAGCCGGCGCAGAAGCAAAUCUGGAAGCCCGCAUGGAAGAAAAUCUGGAAACCUAUCUGGGUGCCAACUCAGAAGGCGGUAUGGAAGGAAAUUCAGGUCCCCGUCUGGAAAAAGAUCUGGAAGCCUGUGUGGAAACAUAUUCAGGUGCCGGUGUGGAAGGAGAUACAGGUGCCGGCCUGGAAGAAGAUUUGGAAGCCGGUUUGGAUACCGAUCAAGGUACCCGCUUGGAAGGAGAUUCAAGUGCCCGCGUGGAAGAAAAUUUGGAAGCCGGUCUGGAAGGAGAUACAGGUGCCGGUAUGGAAGGAGAUUCAAGUACCUGCCUGGAAGAAACUCUGGGUGCCUGAAUGGGUAAAGGUUGGCAUACCAGGUGAGCACUACCACGGUACGGAUCAUCACGGUUGGCAGUACACAAGCCACGAUCUCUGGAAGAAGAAGCUAAUUUGGAAGCCAGUAUGGAAGAAAUAUUGGAAACCAGCUAAGAAGCAAAUCUGGGUACCGGACAAGAAACUCGAGUGGAAGGAAGCUUGGAAACAAAUCUGGAAGCCGGCGAAGAAACAAAUCUGGAUAGACGACAAGAAACUAAUCUGGAAGGAAGAGUGGAAGCAAAUCUGGAAGCCAGCGAAAAAGCUCAUCUGGGUACCGGACAAGAAACUCGAGUGGAAGGAGGCCUGGAAGCAAGUCUGGAAGACCGACAAGAAGCUAGAAUGGAUUCCCGAUAAAAAGCUCGCCUGGAAAGAAGCGUGGAAGCAAAUCUGGGUGCCAGCCUGGAAGCAGAUCUGGGUGCCGGCUUGGAAGAAGAUUUGGAAACCGGUCUGGAUAUCGGAGUGGUUCCCCAACGAAGAUCACCAUCACCAUCAUUGGGACCGCAAGGACACGCAGGCUCAGAACACGCAAGUGGUACCUUACAGCCCGGAAGUUGCUUUCCAGAAAAGGCAAGCGGGUCAACAAGAGCAGCAGCAGAAGCAGCAGCUACAACAGCAACAGCAACAGCAGCAGCAGCAACAGCAGACGCAACAACAUCAAGCGGAGGAGAACAAUGUCAGGUGGGACAGAUCCUUCAAGGCAAAUCUGCCGACAGUCACGCAGGAUCUGAUACCACCGCCAGCUAAUCAAAACGGAGGUCAAGCCAGCUUCACCUUCCCCACCCGCUGAUCUAGAGCUAGAUCUCUGUGCACCAUAAUCGCACUGUAACCCUUCGAAAUGCUUGUACAAACGUCUCUACGCGAGACUACUGUAACAUAAGUCGCUGUAUAUAUUACGUCUUAAGAUUAAGAUAGGACGCGUGUGAAACUAAGUUACUCCAAGUGUACUCGACUGAUGCGCUCCCUAUUCUUCGGGGUGCCACCUGUACGACCCUUAUGACAUGGCAUAAUUUACAUUUGCUCCCUGCUGUUUGUGUUUCCUUUUCUUCUUUUUAUAUAUACGUAUAUAUAUAUAUAUAUAUAUAUAUAUAUAUACGCGUUAUUGUUGUUUCCCUGAUUGUUAACUAAUGCCGUUACGAAUAAAGU